UUGACACUGACAGAAGCAUAGUUUGUGGUUUUUCGUGGUUAGUUUGGUUUGUUUAGAUUUUAGUCGUUCUUGUGGCGUUUUUUAACGUUUGUUGUGGAGAAUAAUCACAUUUAAUGUGAAAAUUUGCCUUAAAAUGGAUUAGUCUCCUUGUACAGUUUAUACUAUCUUCCUUCAGUGGUUCCAGAAAGUAAAUGGCUAACAUUCGUUUACAACAAUUACAAUCGGCUUAGUUAUAUUCCAACUACUUUGUUAAACAUGGAUAUUCAACCUACAUCACGAGAACUUGCAACUCCAUUAUCCUACAAGAUUUAUAAAGCGGAAGACAGUGGUUAUCAUACAUCCUUUGCAACGCCUUCAUUGGAAAGCUCCAGCCUGUCCAAUGAUAGUUUGGAUCCUUCUCAUAUUGUUCCCAACAUCAAUUGCAAAAUAAAAGUGGAUUGUUAUAUAACUCCUGCAACAGAAGCCCGAUUGAGUAAAAGUCGGUAUUACAACUGCUAUAAUUUGACGAAUACAGAUUCCAGUUCUGAGUCUACCCCAAUAGCAAGGCGUGGAACGAAAAGAUCCUAUGAUGAUGGCGCCAAUGAAGUGAAUUCUACUACAGUUGCUACACCAACCAGUAUUAUAGCAAAAGAAGUACAAAAACUUAAAGUAAAUGACAACAAACUUAUCAAAGCAACUUCUGCUGAUUCUGGAUUUAUUGAUGAUGUGUAUGGCAAAGAUUACUAUGGAUCUUCUGUCUCUAAUCCUUCAACUCCAAUCAAAAAGAUUUGUAGGAGCAGCUGCAAUUUAAGCCCUUUUAAUCGAAGAAGAUCAGCUAGAAAAGUAGAUUUUGCCAUUCAUUCCCUAUCAUGUGAGAAGCAAGUGUUAAAAUCCCAACCUAAAAUACAAUCAAAGGAAUCAAUUAGCAACAAGUUUGGGUAUAAACCAAACCAAAAGAUUGAUAUCAUCAAAAUGUUGUAUAGUCAUGAAAACUACUGUAGCACAUCAAUCAAAAAAAUAUUUCACUACUUAUCCCAAGAAGACCUUUAUAACUUCACAUUAGUGAGCCCAAUAUGGUGUAAUAUUUUUAAAGCUGUAAACACCAAACAAAAAUAUACAGAAUUCUUCUGUACAAUCAAAAGCAAUCUGGAAAACUGGGGUGAUACACCUAAGGUAUCUGGUGGUAACCAGAUCAGAACUCUGAAGGAGAUUCAAAACAUCAACAUUAUUCAAAGCACUCCCCAUAGUCCUACUCGAAGCCCAAGAUCAACUAGAUUUCACAAAUUCACCAAGGCUGCCUCUCUUGAUGCACGCUCCCAAAUGGUAUGCACCAACUGUGGGUAUCCUGCCAAGGUGACCAUCGAGUCUUCAGGUGAGCAAUGGGGAGAGUGUACCAGUACGUCAUGUGCACAUCAGUUUUGUAGACUAUGUAAAUAUGAAAGACAUAAGGGAAGAAACUGUUUUCAAUAUGAUCUUGUUGAUGGUCCAAGUCCAUCCAAAAGAAAGAAAAAUACAUGUCCUGUGAGUUCGAAUAAAAGUAAAAAGAAACUGAAAAGACUACUGUUUUAAGUUGAAUUAGAAUACUAUUUUAGAAACCAGUGAUAUAUUGUUAUAAGUAGGUUAUGUAAAUAUUUUGUACUUCAAUUCCAAAGAAUGAAGCAGUUUGAUAAUGUUAUUAUGAUGUAAGACUGUACCUACUCAUUGAGAUUAUGGUGUGUCGCAGUGAUUCUAAUGCUGCAAAGUACAAAUAAAUACUGCAUAGCUUUUUAUGAGAAGAGAACAAACAAACACAACUUCUUCUUUAAUUAAGUUUCCUCUAUUUUUUAAGCAGAGGAGGUGCCAUUUUUAGAUGAUUAAAUUGAAACAUGUAGACUGAUGUCAUAAUGCCAUGAUUUCUAGUUAGUAUAUUAUUAUCAGAAAUAAAUUUUCUGUAAAUACUCA